AUGGAUGCCCUCGAGGAUAUAUACCAGAACAACAGAUUGCUAUCCUGGACAGCCCAGAACAACCACCCAUUUGGCGCGCGUCACAGAAGCCCCGACGCACCAGCCGAUGCGAGCCUCGCAUCCGUCGAAUCGAUACUCUGUUUGUACCCAAACGCUCCACUUCUCGCACCCACCGAGUAUUUUGCCCGGGUCUAG